AUGAGCAAUUUUUCAUGCUCAACUGAUAAAUCUUAAAAUAUUAUUUAAAGACUUUUUGAUUGCGCUUAAGAAAAAUAUUUUCAAGAAUUCAAAUCUAUACUAAAAGAAUUCCCUUAUUUAGACAUAGUUUCAGCCUUUAAGGAUGACGAAACUCCUUCUUUUUUGAUUAUGAUGGUUACUUAUAAAAACAUGGAAUUGGUCAAGUUUAUAUUAAAUUACGUUCAGACCUAAGUGAAUCAGGGAUUAAAUUCUUAUGAUAAAAAUACUCUUUAAAAAUAUAUAAAUAUGGGUGAUAGAUAUGGAUUUACUGCUCUUCAUGUGGCAUGUUUUAACGGUGAUUUAAUAAUGGUGGAAUAUCUAAUUGAAAAAGGAGCUGAUAUGUAUGCAAAAAAUUAGUCGGGAUUGAAUGUGAUGCACUCAGCAGCCUAAGGAGAUAGUCCUUUAAUUUUAUAUUAUUUUAAAUAGCUUGGCUUUGAUAUUGAAGAGUUAGAUGAUGAAGAAAAAACUCCAUUAUAUUGGGCUGUAUUUUCUGACUCUGAAUAUGCAUGCUAGUUUUUGAUAUCAUGGGGAGCUGAUGUAAACAAAUAGGAUAUAAUAGAAAGACAAUCUCCUCUCCACAUUGUAACUGAUACUAGAAUAGCUAGAAGAUUACUUAUAGCCGGAGCAGAAAAGAAUAUUAUGGAUAAAAGAGGAAAUUUACCUUAUGAACUCGCUGAGCAGAAAGAAUAUUAUAGAUUGGCUUAAAUGCUAAAAGAUGAAUUCUCAAUUUAAGAGUUUUGUAAUUUACGUCUUCCGCUCUCACCUCCACGUUAAAAAAGGCGAAUGAUUUUAAUCUUUUCCUUUCUAAUAUUUAGCAUAGUUCUGGGAAAUCUUUUCUUUGUGCUUCCAUUUCUUGAAGAAGACAAAGAUCCUAUGUGUAUAGCUUUCUACUGCCUUUCUUUUUUAAAUAUAAUUCUUCUGUGCAUAGUUAGUCACAAAAAUCCUGGAUAUUUUAAAAAAUAGAAGGAUAGAAAAGAUAUGCUGGAGCUUUUCAAAAAGUGUCAAUACGACUACUCUAUUCUUUGUUCUGAAUGCAAUCUGGUCAGACCUGAAAGAUCUAAACAUUGCUAUUUUUGCUAGAGGUGUGUAAAAGUUUAUGAUCAUCAUUGUCCUUGGGUUAAUAACUGCAUUGGAGCAGACAAUUACUUGAUAUUUUUUACUUUUUUAUUCUUUUUGUGGGUAUUUGUCAUUUAUCUGAUUAUCCUGAACUCUUUUGCUCUAUCGCAUAAGCAUGCCAAUUAAAACUCUCAAUAUGCUUUUGUUGGCCAAUUUAAGAGUGAAAACUUUUAAUAAAUUUCUGAACUACUCUUAAUGAUUUUCUCAAUAUAUUCCUUGACUAUACUAGGGAUUUUUGUAAUUCCUAUUAGCAUUUUGUUGUUUAUUCAAAUCCAAAAUAUUUGCUACGGAUAGACAUAACUUGAGAGAUAUUCAAAAUAAUAAACUAAAUUAACUCAUUCAGAGUCUACUAAAAUAGAAAAGGAAAUGGAAGAUUCCUUUAAAUUAGCAUAAACACAUUUUGGUGAAGAUGAAAGUCAAAAUGGUCAAAGUUUUCUUAGCAGCCAAAGUAGAUUAGAUUAAAUUGUAAAGGCUGGUAGUAAGAGAAGUAUGUUGCAGAAUUGUGCUGACAUGUUAGUUAAUAACUCUAAAAACCCAAAAUAUGAAGAGAAUAGUGUUUUAUGA